GUGUAUGUAUGUAUAUAUAUAUAUGUAUGUAUGUAUGUAUAUAUAUAUAUAUAUAUAUAUAUAUAUAUUAUUUGCCUGCCUAAAACAACUUAGUUCAUGCAGUCUUCCAGUACACAUAAACGGUAUAGAACCCUGUCAGACCUAUAGUUAGUCCCCUGUUCCUUAUUUUUACAGUGGAAGGUGUUUAUAUAUGGUGCUGAGAUCUUUUCUGUGGUUGUUGGGUGUAGUGAUUGUCACAUGGCUACGCACUGUACCCACACUGUACCCGCACUGCUGGUGGUCCCAUCUUUGUGGUUUCAUCUUUUUUUUUGGUUUGUUUUGCACACAACUCUUGGCAGCGAAAACACUCACACUUGGCUCUGGUCGCCCCAGUGGAGUUCCUUCUUUCACUUUGCUCCUGGGUUGUUGGUGAAGUGGAUGUUUGUGUGUUAAAAUCAUAAAUUCUCUUUUCCAAAGAGUCAUUUAACAGUUUACAUGAUCACUGUAAUACACCAGAAGAAAGGCCCAAAUUUGUAGUGAUUUAAUGCUGUUACAAAAAUGAUUUCUCAAUGGUUUUGUAGUGGAAUAUUAUCAGAUAGUUUGGUGAUUUUAGAGAGAAUUCUAUUAUCUGUUAUUCUAUUAUCUAUUAUUAGAAUUCUAGUCAUUAAUUCUAUUAUCAUUCUUGUAUUAUAAAUUGUGUUGUGGGAAACCUGUUUACAAUGGUAUAUGCCUCUGAGUAAAGACUGUGACAUGGGAUUAAAUAACCUGGAGCUCAGAGGCAUCCGAUGAGAAGUCCCAUGAUUCCUGUAAACACUCACCAUGGAUGAUGAAGAUGAUCGCCGUCUUCUAGACAUCAUAGGAGACGUGCAGGCGUUGAAUGAUUAUCUUCAUGGUUCCAGCAACAAAUCAAUCGAUGAAGAUGAUGUGGCGAACGCGGCCUUCGGCUCGGCCAGCUUCUUCAUCAGCGGCUCCGUCGACCCUGUCUCCGCGUUGAACGACUCUGCCAACCACUUGGGCGAGGUGGAUGGGGCCACACUGCAGCUCCCCAGCAGCCUUCAGUUCAUCGAGGAGGAGCUAGGGAGGGCCUCCCCGUCGGCGGCAGAGCUGGGGGAGGAGCAGCCCUUCGACAUCCUCCAGAAGUCUCUGCAGGAGGCAGACAUCACGGAGCAGACCCUGGCGCAAGAGGCUCUCCUGGAAUCUCCCAGCUCCUCCUUGGCAUUCCCUCAGCAGCUUGUGUCCGGGGGUGUCGGCAUGUCUCCAUGUGCACAGUUCACCGGGGUGCAGUCCCAGGGCUUCCACCAGGGGGCGCCUCCUCCAGCUGUGCCAAAUGGAUCGGCCGCCCACAUCCAGCUAAUGGGAUCUUUCGGAGAGCCCGCCUCUAUGGUGACUAUCAGCGGCUUAGAGCGGCCUCAGAUCCUGCUGCAGCCGGGUCAGCCCGACUCGCCCGGGCUAGCAGGGGGCGCAUUGGUGCAGAGGCCAUCGUGUGCCACUGGGGCAACACCGGGAGCCACGUUCAGCCCCUCUACUGGCGGCGGCCAGGUGUCCAUGCCCUUCAAAGGCAGUACGACGCCCAUACCUCUCCAGAACAUCAUUAUCCAGAGAGGUCCCUCCCCACAGAUGCUGGUUAAGCCCAUUCAGCCUAAGCCUUUACAGGUAGGGGGGCAGACUGUAUACAGUGUCAGUGGCUUGGGUCUGCAGCCCCAAGGCCCGGCCCCUGGCAGUGGCACCUACGCUACUGGCCCCACCCAGAGCCCCCAACAGAUGACUGUUAACAUUGUGAACCAGCCAGGCCUCCAGAAGCCUGCCUUGGGCCCCCAGGUGGCCAACCACUCGGGCAGCAUAGUGAUCCAUUCGGCUGUGGGGCAGCAGCACCAGACCAGCUUACCCCUGGGGCAAUACCGGCUGCCCUCCACUCUGCCUUUUACCCCUGGCACAGCCACGCCCGCCGUCCAGGCUCUGAACGGGCAGGUCCUACAGACGCAGGUCCAGGGUACAUCCAACCAAGGCUUCGUGACUCAGACUGCCACCAGCACCUAUUCUGGGGCAUUCCUGACCAAUCAGAGCAUGGCUGUGCAGCUUGUCUCUGGGCAGAACUUUUUGACAGCGGGGCAGCUGGUGGUGAACCAGAGCGUGGUGAGUAGCCAGCUGGGACAGUGUUCCCCAGCUUUAGUCCAAAUGUCUCAGACCCCGGCGGUGGCAGCAAAAGCCCCCGUGGCCUUCACCGCCGGCUCCAGCGCACUGGGCUCUGCCCCCGUUCAGGGCCACUAUGCGCUUGUCAAUGCCACGGAUUCGGCCAGCGUUGGGUACGCGACUCAGGUGCAGACGAUGCAAGGGACGGCGCUUCCGGGUGGCCAGGAGCUUCAGCUGGGAUCGCAGUUCUUGGUUUCCCGGGAGCAGGACUCCACCCGCCAGCUGCAGCCUGAGACGCAUUUACCCCAUCAGAACCAGGACUCACAAUUCACACCAAGUGUUACCAAGAUGCAAGAUGGGCAGAGGCAACCACAGCUGGUCAACCUGCUUGGCCACACAGCGUUGAAGGCAUCUGCAGCCCUGGAAACGGUGGUGUACUUGCCAAACCAGCUUGGCUCUACUCCCACAGUAGGCAAUCAGGUCAGCAUGCUGAAAAGACCUGCCCCCCGCCAGCUGACCAAGAGCGACAUGAUCCUCCAGCAGCUCCAGUGGGACCAGGCCAGGGCUCUGGCACCAGACCGGUCACCGUUCUCCUCCCUUGAGGAUGCAGCCCGCCGGCUCCUUGCUUACCACGUGUUCCAGGGGGCCCUGCCUUCCAGCGAUGACCUCAGAAAAGUGGACGAGGAGUUUGAAGAGGCAGCUUCACAUGCCCUUAAGCGAACCCAAGCCAUGCUGAGCAAAUACCAGCGCCUCCUACUGGUCGAGGCUGAACGGGUGUGUCCCUCAUCAGAGAUAGUGAUGAUUGACAGGACGUUCAACCAAGAGGAGAGGCGCUGUCUAACACAGGACAAGCGACUGGCCAUGGUGGACCCAGAGGGCUACCUGGAGGAUUUCUGCUGUCUGCCGAAGCUCUCGCAGACGGGAAAGGGCGAUCAGGUUAGUCCCCUUGGGGGGGCAGAUCCAGUCAGCAUGGCCGACCUGCCGCGGGAGUUCCCGUGCCUCACCAGCAGCAUGGUGACGUGCUUCACCCAUCGCCAUGGCGACGGCACGCUCACAGAAGUGCAGCUCAGAGGAGGGUCGAGGGACCCCUCGGUCAGGACAGAGCCUCAGCCUGGCUGCAAGGACCCCGGAGGGGGGACGCUACAGCAGCAGCAGCCGGGGGUGUCCAUCAGUGCCCACCUGGAGACUGCCAUCAAGAGUGUCCUGGACCCCAAGAAGACCCAAGGCUGCUCUCUCAGCAUGGUUGUCGACGGCAAUGCCAGCAGCCACAGCGCAGGUGGUUUCAUGGGCCCCCAUGCCGGCCAGAACAGCCCCCACCUUCUAAAGUCCCCAGCCGACGCAGACUCAGCCCUGGAGGCAGCUGUGAAUAGCAUUCUUGAAUGUUAGUGCCAUGUUGCCCACCUGUUUUUCAUGCUCUUCUCCUCCCUCGUGUCUUCUCACCGCUUUGACUGACAGGUGGCGAGGUACUGGGACAGAAGGGGCGGGGCCUAACGCCCCGUCAGCCCCGUCACCGCGGUCUCGCCUUCACCCUGGCCGCAGCCUUGGGGCGGCAGGGCCGUCUGCGUCGCGUGCGGCGUCCAGUCGGUCGCUUUCUGCGUCUCGUCUUGGUGCGCGAGUGGUUUAUGCACGUUCAUUUGCAUGUCAGUGUGAGAUGCUGGCGGAAAACCCCGCCCCUCAGCUGGCGCUAAGUGAUGAUGUCACUCUACUUCUCUGUGUCUGUCCUUAUGUGCGUCUGUCUAGUCCCGUUUUUGUGGUAUAACCCUAAACCUGAAGUGAGCCACACCUAUGAGAAUUCUGGUUUAAAUGUAUUUUUAAGUAGCAGGUUUUUAUGCCGUUACGGUUAGUCCUUUUUAUUUCAGCAUGCGCUCGUUACUUUUUUUUUUUGUACCUUAAAGGUAUGUGACCCCAACUCUGAGGAGUGCUUCGUACUGGGUUAAUGCAGCUCUCAGAUUGAGGUGUGAUAUUCCACAUUGUUGUUAAUGUAUAGUCCUUGGGGUUUAUCUCCUUCAUUUUGAGUGAUCCUUUGCUUUUCAGCGUUUGGUUGUCUAUACAAUCAAAAUGCCUAGAAACGGAUCCUCCUGUUUAUGGAAACGCUGGAAGUGUGCAAUCACAAUUGUCUUUUUUUUUUUCUUUUUUUUUUUGCCUUUGUCAUUCAGGCUCUGAGUGAUGGAUAUUUUGUGUAAUUUAUCACUACAGUGGCGGCCUUGUUGUGAAUCCCCGUCGGACACCGUGACCACGGUGUUAGGGGACUGUUGAAUGAAUACAGUUCACUAAAUGCUCAGAAGGUUGAAGUCCUUGGACUUUCCUCUAGGGGGCACCCCUGAGACAAGAGCAAACUGACCGAUAGUUUUGGUUUAUCUAAUUCUACGAUAGGUUUACAGUCUGAUGACACGUUAAAGAAAAUAAUAUGAAGUAAUGCUUUUAUUGUGGGAUGCAUCUGACAGAAUUUGAGGUUUUGAUUUUAUUACUUAACAGCUCUUACAAGCACUGCCUUGCAGUAGAAACGGCCCUUCCUGGUACUUGCCUUUUUGGUGCUGCGGAGCUGGGGAGUGGUGCCGUCUCGAGCCUCCUCUCUCCUUCCCAAGUGUCAGGGGCAGGAAAGCACUGGGUCGUUUAGACGGUGCCCUGAUUCACAGAUACUAAGUGUGAGGUGACCUCCUCGAAUGAACAGCGAAUAGUGGCUUUCUGCUGUUUAUGCACUUUGAUCUGCAAGGUCACCACUCAGGACGACCACUUUAGCUUUUGGGCUUCAUGUGUGCUGAGUGUGCGUUCUUCAAUGACAAAAGGUUGAAGUUGUCUGGUACAAAUAAAUGCUCUUUGGGGGGGGGGUAUAUAUAUAU